GCAUGUGGUCGCUUUUUCUCAUGUUGCUGUUUUACACUUCUAUUCCCUACCUCGCCCUACCUAUUCUGCACAUCGGCUGCUUCGACAUUUGCAGAAGAAUUGAAGCACACAUGCAUCUAUUCAAUGUCAGAAGCAUAUGACAGUUUGAAAAAACACUACCUGGGAUGUUCCGCUUCGAAGGAUCAUCCGAGGCUUGCAGCGAGAUUACAAGAUGCUAGCCAGGAAAGUCUGGAAACUCAGAGCUUUUCAUCAACAACUACUUCAACCGUUUGUAACGGAGCGGUGGUGGGAACAAGGAUGACUUCGAAUUGA